CGCAAAAAGGCGCAAAUCUCCAAAAGCUUAAAAAGCAAGUUUUAAAACACAAAACUCGAUUGUUGAAUAAUAAAUUGAUAUCAAACAAUUAACACUCCAGCACAUCACCGCCAUGCCAUGCUAGUUCUGGCAGUGUUUCUCAAGCCUUUUCGCCUGCUGACUUCAAUAAAACAUCCAUGUAUAAUACAUUCAUCACAAUUUCUAUUCCAACCUGAAAUGAUUGAACAUUGGGUCCUAGGAAGAACAUUAGACAAAAACAACUAAAAAACAGAAUCGGAAAAUGAAAUUGACGAUGUAUAAUAUACGAAAAGAACCCUGUAUGUUACGCAUCUGCUUAACGGAAACAAGUUUUCUGGCUCAUAAGGUGUUGAACAUAGUUAGUUUUUGGCAAAUUUGUCCCAUUCGUGUUUCUGAGAUCAACCUGUGCAGAUGGGUUCUGGUUUGUUGGUGUUUUGGAUCUUCGGAUCAGUGGCACUUUCGCAUCGAUUUGUGUUCGCAAAGUGUUUUCAAGGCGAGCUAAAAGAUGACUUUCCAUCCUCUGUUUCUCAGUGGCAAUAUCCCCACCUAGUUUUUAUAACUAAUCGAUAUUCCUUAUCGUGCAUUGGAUCCCUCAUAUGGGAUGAUUUUGUGCUCACAGUUGCGGAAUGUAUAACAAGCCAUUCCAUCGCUGGUUUAGAAAUAGCAAUAAACAGUCUGGAUCAGGAGAGCUGCCUAACACGUAAAAUUGCACAAACGUUUACGCAUCCUUACUACCCCCAGCGCAACCAGGCAAUAUACAACAUAGCAUUAAUAAAGCUGGACAAAAGCGUCCCCACAAGUCUAGGCGCAAUACCUGCAUGUUUAUGGAAGGAGAAUGAAUUGCCAGUUGAUCAGUCAGCGCACGCUGUUGUAUCCACGGGACUGGGAAGAAAGUUAGACUCAUACUUUUAUACAUUUGAUCACUUUAACAAAACUGAGUACGUUACUCCAACCGCGAAGACAAAACACAACAACUGCAAGGUAAGUUGAUUUAAAAGAUGCUUUCAUAUAUGUUUCCUCACAGAUUGAGCUUAUGACCAUUUGUCUC